AUGACACACCAAGGACAAGCAGCCGACUACUACAGCAACCAGUCUAUGGCAGGCGCUGGUGCUCCCUACCAACAGCAGCAGCAGGGCUACCAGCAAUAUCCUCCUCCCCCAGCCCAUCUCCAGCAAGGUUAUCAGCAGCAACAGCAAUAUCCACCGCCUCAGCAGCCUUAUCAACCUCAAGAGCCAAAGUAUACACAACAGCCUCCGACCUACGGAGCCAAUUUCGUCCCUCCGCAAGACGACAAGCAGAGCUUUCAAGAGACAUUCAAGAUCCAAAAGCCGAAAUUCAAUGACCUCUGGGCAGGGCUGCUGCUCAUCGCAACGUUUUGUGGCUUCGUCGCAGUUUCGGGCCUUACCCUCCACCGAUAUUCCAAGCACGUUAGCUUUAAUGGAGGUGGAAUUUAUGGCGGCUCAAACAACUUCUCUCUCGAUACCAACACCAUCAUCCUCUUUGCCUUUGUCCUCUGUGUCGGUUUCGCCGUGUCCUGGGCUUACUUUCUUGCCGCGCGGGCGUUUACCAAACAAUUUGUGUGGAUCACCGGCAUAUUGAACUGCGCGUUGGCUGUUGGUACUGCGGUCUACUACCUUUACCGUCGGCUGUGGGGUGCUGGCAUUGUCUUCGCCAUCUUUGCGGUCUUCGCCAUUAUUUGUUUCAUUAGUUGGAUUCCGCGCAUCCCCUUUGCCGUGGUAAUGCUGCAGAAAACCAUGGACAUUGCCAGGAUGAAGAGGGUCCAUGUCUUCCUGGUCAGCCUUGUUGGAGGCCUCCUUAGCGUGAUCUUUGCCGGUUGGUUUUCGGUCACACUCGUUGCCAUCUACGUGUCCUACAUGCCUAGCAACCCCGGCAGCAAUCCAAAUCCGGCCUGUUCUGAGGGGGGCUGUUCGAGUGGAAAAGUGAUUGGCCUGGUUGUGUUUGUUACUUUCGCCGGCUACUGGAUCUCAGAAUGGAUCAAGAACACAAUGUACACCACGAUUGCAGGCGUUUACGGCAGUUGGUAUUUUUGUGCUGGAAAACCAGGCGGUAUUCCUUCUGGCGCGACCUCGGGAGCUUUGAGACGGGCCACGACCUAUUCCUUUGGAUCGAUAUCAUUUGGGAGCCUGAUCGUGGCUCUCAUCAACAUGCUCCGCCAGGCUUGCAGUAUUGCCCAGCAACAAGAAGCGUCUGAGGGCAACCUGGUGGGUAGCAUCAUGUUCUGCAUCCUCGGCUGCCUCAUCGGCUGUCUGGACUGGCUUGUCGAGUUUAUCAACAGAUAUGCGUUUUCUCACAUCGCUCUUUACGGCAAGCCGUACAUCGCCGCGGCCAAAGACACCUGGAAGAUGAUGAAAGAUCGAGGGGUAGAUGCCUUGGUCAACGAUUGCCUCGUGGGGCCCGUCCUGACCAUGGGAUCGGUCUUCGUGGCCUACCUUUGCGCACUCUUGGCUUACCUGUAUUUGGAUUACACUCACCCGGCAUACAACAACGAUCGCACUUUUACCCCCGUUAUCAUGGCAUUCUCCUUCCUCAUCGGACUGCAGGUAUGUCAGAUAUUCAUGACUCCCAUCGGCGCCGGUGUCGAUACUGUCUUUGUGGCAAUGGCCUGGGACCCGCAGGUGGCCAUAACCGAUCAUCCCGACUUCUGGGACCGCCUGGUACACGUGUAUCCUCAUAUUCAGCAAGUGAUACACGUUUGA